AUGUGCCAAGCGUCUUUCCAGGGUCAUGGAGACUCGGCAGUUCCUGGGGGCUGUCAAACAGAUUACACGCUGCAAGAAGAGCCUGAGCGUUCUCACUUGCUGCUCAGAGCAGGAGCAAUUUCUGGACCGGUUCAGAGUAGUAGAAAAUGUCAUAAAAGGAAACUUUGCUGCUGGUUUGUCAGACUCGAGAACUUGCGGAGUUUGACCAUUUUUUGUUUUUUCCCCUUCCUCUCUGUAGAAAAAGAGCAACAGGAAGCAAUUGAACAUAUUGAUGAAGUACAGAAUGAAAUAGACAGACUGAAUGAACAAGCCAGUGAGGAAAUUUUGAAAGUAGAACAGAAAUACAAUAAACUCCGCCAGCCAUUCUUCCAGAAGAGGUCAGAAUUGAUCGCCAAAAUCCCAAACUUCUGGGUAACAACAUUCGUCAAUCACCCACAAGUUUCUGCACUGUUGGGGGAAGAAGAUGAGGAAGCACUGCAUUAUUUGACCAGAGUGGAGGUGACAGAGUUUGAAGACAUCAAAUCAGGUUACAGAAUAGAUUUUUAUUUUGAUGAGAAUCCAUAUUUUGAAAAUAAAGUUCUCUCCAAAGAGUUUCACCUGAACGAGAGUGGUGAUCCGUCUUCAAAAUCAACUGAGAUCAAGUGGAAAUCUGGGAAAGAUCUGACAAAGCGUUCAAGCCAGACACAGAACAAGGCCAGUAGGAAGAGGCAGCAUGAAGAACCAGAAAGUUUCUUCACUUGGUUCACUGACCACUCCGAUGCUGGUGCUGAUGAAUUAGGGGAGGUCAUCAAGGAUGACAUCUGGCCAAAUCCAUUACAGUACUACUUGGUUCCUGAUAUGGAUGAUGAAGAAGGGGAAGGAGAGGAGGAUGAUGACGAUGAUGAAGAGGAGGAAGGAUUGGAGGACAUUGAUGAAGAAGGAGAUGAAGAUGAGGGGGAGGAAGAUGAAGAUGAUGAUGAGGGAGAAGAAGGGGAGGAGGAUGAAGGAGAAGAUGACUAACUGAACACUGAUGGAUUCCAACCCUCCCCCCUUUUUACCUUUUUAAUUUUUUCUCCAGUCCCUGGGAGCAAGUUGCUGUCUUUUUUUUCUUGUGCUCAGUCGCCUUGUUCUCUUGAGGUCUCUUUUUCUCUCCUCUACACCAUGGUUCACAAUUUAUUUUGGGGGAAAUACUUUGAGCAGAAUACAGUGGGAAAAAAUCUCUACCAGUUUCUGUUCCGAGUUCAUUUUUAUCCCCUUCUGUCUCAAAACAAAAACUGUUUAUGGAAUCAACACACCAUGUUCUGUGGGAAAAAAGAAAACCUUCUGCUCCCUUCACUCUGCUGGAAGCUGAAGAGUGCUAGGCCCCUGUGUAGUAGUGCAUAGAAUCUAGCUUUUUUCCUUCUUUCUCUGUAUAUUGGGCUCAGAGAUUACACUGUGUCUCUAUGUGAAUAUGGACAGUUAGCAUUUACCAACAUGUAUCUGUCUACUUUCUCUUGUUUAAAAAAAUGAAAAAAAAAAAAAAAAUGGGGUUAUAGAGGGUCAGCAAGGGUGGGUUUCAGAUGUUUGGGUGGGUUAAGUGGGCAUUUUGACAACAUGGCUUAUUCUCCUUUGGCAUGUUUAAUUGUGAUGUUUAACAAACAUCCUUGCAGUUUAAGAUGACACUUUUAAAAUAAAAUCUUCUCCUAAUGAUGACUUUGAGCCCUGCCACUUGAUGGAGAAUCAGCAGAACCUGUAGGAUCCUAUUUGAAAUUGACAUUCUCUAUUGUAAUUUUGUUCUUGUUUAUUUUUAAAAUCUUCUUUUUUUUUUUUUUUUUGUUUCACUGGAAAGGAAAGAAAGAUGCUCAGUUUUAAACGUUAAAGUGUACAAGUUGCUUUGUUACAAUAAAACUAAAUGUGUACACAAA